GCUGUCGAGGACCUCCCAUCAGAGGACCUUCCUUCUUAAGAGAUCACUCCCCUUUCUGGGAGGGAUCUCCUUCGGGGGAAGGUGGGGCUGAAACCCCAGACCAGGAGCCCGCCAUUUUGUCUUCCCCCUAAAAUGGCGGCAUCCCUGUCUACCCUUUACCGAUUCCCCUGCUAAUCAUGACAGUCACUAAUCAAGUGAUUGUCUGAUUCCCCCACCCUAUUCCUUAAUGUACCCUACCCAAUGUUCCUUUUUAUUUAACUACGAAAUCUUCUUUUUACUUCUAAUUAUUUUCCGAAUAAUUUACUUGUUAAGUUAUAUUUUAUAGAAAGAAAGGCUGCAUUUGUGAUCAUCAGUGCUACAAGGAUCACGUAGCUGCUGCGCUACUUUAGGCUUGCUGCAUUGCUGCGAGGUUUAAAAUUUAUUAGUUAUAUUUAGUUGAUCUUCUAAUAUAGAUUAUUCAAAUUAUUUUAUUUAGUUAUUUUGUUAAAAUCAUUUGGAUAAUAUAGUUUUAUGUUAAAUCUACAUCUUAAUUGUUUUCAGUUUAUCAAUUACGUUAUUUGAUUGUGUUAUUAGACAAAAAAUUGUCCGAUUUAAUUAUUUAAUUCCAAUAAUUCUAUUUUAAUCAUUCUGAUUCAAUUAUUUAGUCUAAAUUCUGUUAAUUAUUUCCUUCUAUUUCAAUCACCUGAUUUUUAAUUAAAAAUCCUACUCCUCUUCCCUCUCCCUCUUCCCUGAAGUCGGGCAUUCUCAGACAGUCAUCCCGGCGUUGUCCGCAGGCAGAAUCUGGGCUCUCUGAGAAUGCCCUAGACUCCCCGCAGGACAGUGUAGCCACUGUCUCUGCCUCUGCCCCUUCCCCCCAGGUCCCAUCUUUAUUAUCAUUGUUUGUUAUAAUUGUUUUAUUAAAAUUCAAAUAUUUCAUUUCAAUUGUUUUAUUUUAGUUAUUUCAAUUAAAUUCCAAUAUUUAUUUCUGUUUGUUUUCAAUCACUUAACCGUUCCAUCUGAUAUUAUUUAUAUUAUUUUAGAUUGCUACUUAGAGCAGCGAAACAGCAAGUUUUAGGUAGUCUUGUGUCUGGUAUAAGAACAAUUUAGCCAGACAAAGUUGCAGGCCAGUCCCUUAACCUGAGUCAAGCAGCAGCAGCGCCGCGAGUGCAGCACCAUGUCUGAUCGCGGCAAGGGCAGCAAGGGGCUCGGCAAGGGCGGCGCCAAGCGCCACCGUAAAGUGCUGCACGACAACAUCCAGGGCAUCACCAAGCCGGCCAUCCGCCGCCUGGCUCGGCGCGGCGGCGUCAAGCGCAUCUCGGGGCUCAUCUACGAGGAGACGUGCGGUGUGCUCAAGGUCUUUUUGGAGAACGUGAUCCGCGACACCGUCACCUACACGGAGAACGCCAAGAGAAAGACAGUCACGGCCAUGAACGUAAUCUACGCCCUUAAGCGCUAGGGUCGCACUCUCUACAGCUUCGGCAGCUAAAGCCUUGCAUUUUUACUUUUAUAUUGUAUAUUAAAAACAAUUUUAUAUAUUUUAUAUUAAGUAAUCCUGUAAUCGUAAUUACUUUAUAUUUUUCUGAUAGUUUUCAACUUAUGUCCAUUUAGUAAUUUGUAAUUUUACCAUAUGAUUUUGCUGUAUCUUGUAUAUGAAGUUUAUAUUAUUUAUAUGAUGUAUGGAUAUGUUUAAACACCAAAACUCUCCUUCCUUUUGUAAAAAGAAAGGGGGAGAUGCGGUGGUGUGUUUUUAUUUUAUUUGAUUUGUUCAAUGCCUGUUCACCCCCCAACCCCCCAGUCUCCUC